GUCAUAGACAAAAGUGAAAGUAAAUAUGUACUGUACAGUAAAACCCGGGCAGCUUGCUCUCUAGAUCAGUUUAUAAAGGACUAUCACUCGCUUCUCGAACUACAAAAUCAACACUCAGGAAGUAAUGGCUUCCUGCAGCAGUUUCCUGACUGAAGACCUCCAGUGUUCUGUCUGUCUGGAUGUGUUUACUGAUCCAGUCACCACUCCAUGUGGACACAACUUCUGCAAGACCUGCCUGAAAACCAGCUGGGAAAACAAAGAAUAUUACCAGUGCCCACUUUGCAAAGAGGUCUUCCACAGGAAACCAAAUCUCAAAAUCAACACAUCAUUUAGGGAUAUUGCAGACCAGUUUAAAAAUAUUCGAUGUGAUGUAGUUUCAGGAGAAGUGACAUGUAAUGUCUGUAAACACAGAAAAGCAAUAAAAUCCUGUCUGGAUUGUUGUGGAACUUUCUGUGACAUUCAUCUGGAGCCACAUUACACCAUACCAGUACUCAAGAAGCACAAACUAAUUGACCCUGUGGAGAAUCUGGAGGAUUACAUUUGCCAGAAACACGAAAGACCUAUAGAGCUGUUCUGUAGAGAUGAUCAGAUCUAUGUGUGUCUGAUCUGUGCAAGAGACCACCUGACACACAACACUGUUCCUAUAGAGCAGAAAAGUGGAGAGGGGAAGAAUCAGCUGAGAAGAACACAGGAAAAACUCCAGAAGAUGAUACAGAAGAGAACAAAGAAGAUUCAAGAGAUCAAACACUCACUGGAUCUCAGAAAAAAAAACACAGAAAAGGAGAAAUCAGACAGUGUUGAGCUGUUCACUGCUAUGAUCCGCUCCAUUGAGAGGUGUCAGACUGAGCUGCUUGAUGUGAUGGAGCAGAAGCAGAAAGCAGCAGAGAAUCAGGCUGAAGAGAUCAUUAAAGAGCUGGAGCAGGAAAUCACUGAGCUAAAGAGGAGAGACACUGAGCUGGAGCAGCUCUCACACACCGAGGAUCACCUCCACCUCCUACAGAUUGACCCAUCACUGUGCAGCCCUUUAAACCCGAGAAACCUAACUCAGAUCAGUUUUAACAUUUAUCAGAGCACCAUGAUUCUGUGGAAAGCUCUGGCUCAGCUGCAGGAGACUCUAAAUGACAAACUGAGUGAAACUGUACUUUCAGGGAUGCAGCAGUAUGCAGUGGAUGUGACUCUUGAUCCUGAUACAGCUCAUCCAAACCUCAUCCUGUCUAAUCAUGGAAAACAAGUGAGACAUGAAAACAUAAAACUGAACCUCCCUGACAACCCAGAGCGGUUUGAUGACUGUUUAAGUGUUUUGGGGAAAGAGGGAUUCUCCAGUGGAAGAUUUUACUAUGAGGUCCACGUAACAGGCAAGACCAAGUGGAAUUUAGGAGUGGCGAGAGAGUCCAUAAACAGAAAAGGUGAAAUCACUAUGAGUCCUGAGAAUGGAUACUGGGUUCUUUGUUUGAGAGAGGAGGGUGAUUACUGGGCUGUUGGUAAUCCAUCUGUGUUUGUCUCUCUGAGAGUGAAGCCCCAGAAGGUGGGAGUGUUUGUGGAUUAUGAGGAGGGUCUGGUCUCUUUUUAUGAUGUGGAGUCUAAGUGUCAUAUCUACCUUUUCACUGGUCAGUCUUUCUCUAACAAGCUCUAUCCAUAUUUUUGUCCGUGUAAUAAUGAUGAAGGUACAAAUUUUUCCCCAUUGAUCAUUUCACCUAUUAAACACAUUAAAUAAACUGAACUGACUAACAUGUAAAAUAAUGAGGCAGCUAAAUAUCCAGUGCAGUGAAAAAGUAUUUGCUUCUUCCUCAUUUCUUAAAUUUGUGAGUAUUUUUCAUACUAAAUUGUUUUAGAUCUUCAAACAAGAUAUAACAUAAAACAAAGGCAACCUGAUUAAACACAAAAUACUGUUUAUAUAAAUAAACUGUGAAAAACUAACUGCCCCCAUAAACUAGCUCUUUGUGCCACCUUUAGCAGCAACAACUGCAACCAAAUGCUUCUGAUAAGUAAAGAUCAGUCCGUUACAAUGCUGUGGUGGAAUUUUUUCCCACUCUUCUUUUCAGAAUUGCUUUAGUUCAGCCACAUUGGAGGGUUUUCGAGCACGAACUGCCCAUUUAAGGUCCUGCCACAGCAUCUCAAUCGGGUUCAAGUCAGGACUUUGACUAGGCCACUCCAAAACUUUAAUUUAGCUUCUUUUGAGCCAUUCAGAGAUGAACUUACUCCUAUUCUUUGGAUCAGUGUCUUGCUGCAUAAUCCAGUUGUGUUUGAGCUUCAGUUCACAGACUGAUGAUCGGAUGUUCUCUUUAGAGUUUUCUGGUAGAGAGCAGAAUUCACGUUUCCAUCAAUUAUUACACGUCGCCCUGGCCCUAAAGCAGCAAAGCACCCCCACACGUCACACUACCACCAUGCUUGACCAUAGGUUUGAUGUUCGUUUUCUGGAAUUCUGUGUUUGAUUUACGUCAGAUGUAACGAGACCUCUGUCUUCCAAACAGUUCCACUUUUGACUCAUCAGUCCACAGAACAUUCUCCCAAAAGGUUUGAGGAUCAUCAAGGUGUGUUUUGGCAACAUUCAGAUGAGCCUUAAUGUUCUUCUUGGUUAGCAGUUGUUCUUCCUGGAUGAGUCGUCACUGUGCAUUUGGAGGAAUUUUAAUCAACACCUAAAUAUAACUUUUUCAGAAGCAUGAUGUUGGUUAAAAGGUAAAAGAAAUUCCAGAAAUUAUGAGGAAAAAUGUGACUGAAAUACAUCAGUCUAGGAAGGGUUACAAAGCAAUUUCAAAGGCUCUGGGACUCCAAAGAACCACAGUGAGAGACAUUAUCUCAAAAUUGAGAAAUCUUGGCACAUUAGUGAACCUUCCCAGAAGUGGCAGAACUUUUAGCCAACUUCAUGCUGCUGAAAAGGUUCCAUUUGUGCUGAUUUUAUUGAACAGGGCUGGCAGUAUUCAGGCCUGGGUGUUUCUUGUCCAGCUGAACACCAGUUUCAUAGAUUUUGAGAUUUUGUAACUACGGGGGCAGAUACUUUUACACAGGCCCAGUUGGUUUUGGAUAAAUGUUUUGCUUCAUUUGCUUCAAAAACAUUAUCAUUUAAAAACUUUAUUUUGUGUUUACUCAGAUUACCUUUGUUUUAUUUUAGAUUUAAAUUAACAAUUUAGUAUGAGAUAUACACAAAAACAGAAGAAAUCAGGAUGAGGCAAAUACUUUUUCACAGUACUGUACACAUAUCUUAUUUUAUCAGUACUUUACAUACUUGUUUUUGCUAGAAGACAAUGCAGUUAUUCUUAUAUUUUCUUUUUUUAAGUUUCGGAAAACCACAGGCUUUUCUCUUUGGACAAAAUAGCUGAAGUUGAAAUUUCAAUUAUAAAUAUAUUAUACACUUUACAAGUUAUUGACCAUAAUAUUGCUAAAAUAUAUUAUAAUAUAUUAAUAUUAAUAAUAUUAUAAUAUGUUAUUAUACCUGCUCUAUAGGCUGUAGUAACAUGGGUAUUGUACUGUAGACAUACACUGAUCAGACACAACAUUAAAGCCACCUGCAUAAUAUUGUGUAGGUCCUCCUCGUGCCACAAAAACAGCACAAGCCCGCAUCUCAGAAUAACAUUCAGAGAUGUUAUACUUCUCACCACAGUUGUACAGAGUGGUUAUCUGAGUUAGUAGUCUAGCCAUUCUCUGUUUAACUCUCAGUCAUUGUCACAGUAGACCGCAAACAGCUUGUUUUCUCUGUCACUACUUUAUCUGCCAAAAGUAACCAUAGCAGAUGUUUUCUGUUUUGUUGACAGUUUUCAGGGAAAUGUAAAAAGAUUGAAAUUUGACAAAGGUUACAAAUAUUUUUUUUUAGCAGUUUAUUUUAGAUUAUCAAGGUAUGUAUUAUGCUAGAACGUUGUUAGCUAAUUUCUAGUUUUAUCACUUAAUGGUUUAUGGAUGAUCUCCAAAGCCGUUUAAUAAAACUAAUUUUUAGUUUUUACUUGUGAACUAUGUUUUUGUACACUUCAGUCUCAAAUAAUAUUGCAUGGAAUGUGGUAAUUAGGGGCCAGGUGUUAUAGGUCAUUAAUAAAGCAUGAGGAGCCACAUCAGUUUGAGGUAAAUACAUGUACUGUAUAUAGCUAAUGUUGAAGGGUACAUGGUUUCUGUUAACCAGAUGGUUUCCAAGGUAUAAAUUGUCUCAAGUGUCCAUUGCAAUAGUAGCUAUAUAGUUUAGUAAUUAAAGUAACAUUUAGUAACACUCUGAAAUUACUAAUGUAUAACAAAAGGAAUAUAUUACAUUAGUAAACGCAAAGCUUCAUGAAUUUAUAGACACAAAUUGAAAGUUAGGAUUAAUAUACACAAUAUAGUAUGUGAUUCAAAAUGCAUCUUUGCUGUGCCUAUUGUAUCUUUUGUACUAUAAAAUAUAUACAAUUAUAUAUUUUUUUUAAAUAAA